GGCUCUGAUUGGAAUUUGCGCGCUCUUCCGGCCUCGCUAGUGGAGCGCAAAAGUGAGCUUCAACAAUUCUUCUUUCCCUCACCGUUGGCUCUUGCGGAGCAGACAUCUCCGGUCAAAUCCCAACUAUCCCGUCACUAGAUUGAAGAGAAGUCAAGGGAAUUGGAUAAGUGUAUAUCUUUGCUAAACUGGGGAGUGUUGGUGACAUCUUGACUCAUUAAACCGGGAGCACGAAUGCUUUAGCUUAUCCACUAGGCUAUUUUGGUUCCUUUUUUUUUUCCUUGCUGUCUUGCGCCUUACAGAGUGGGAGGCAUCUUCACUUAACUUCCUCACUUUCAUCCUAUUCUAUCUGCACGCUCACUGGACGUGGACCUUUGAGCCUCUGAUCACUGGCCUUGGUUUCCAGAACGGCAGUCAUGGCUCCAUCACCUCACCAACAACACUCGCAGCUCGUCGUCGACCCUGACACUGUUCCGGUUGGGGGAGAAGAGGUCAGGAGCCAGGCAGAGUCCCGAGAAGAUGCAAAGCUAUUGAAAUCGAUGGGCUAUAAGCCAGUCCUUCACAGGACAUACACACUGCUUGAAAACUUCUCCACGACAUUCGCUGCUCUUUACUUCGUUGGAGGUGUGCGCGUCACUUAUAGUACCGGUAUCGCAGCAGGUGGUAAUCUGGCUUACUGGACGAGUUAUCUGGUCACGUUGGUUUUCACAUACAUCACCGCUGCCGUUAUCGCGGAAGUAUGCUCUGCCUCGCCCUCCGCGGGCUCUAUCUACUUGUGGGCCGCGGAGUCUGGAGGCCCUCGCUUUGGAAGGCUACUCGGAUUUGUUGUUGCUUGGUGGAGUACUACUGCCUGGACGACCUUCUGUGCUAGCAACACCCAAUCUGCUGUCAAUUACAUGCUCUCCGAAUUGACGGUCUUCGACGUCGACUUCCCAAAAGACACAUCCAGUGUCAAGUUCCGUGCUGUCCAAUGGAUUUGCACAGAGAUUUUGCUAGCAUUGGCCGCACUCCUCAACUACCUGCCGCCUAGGUUCUUCAGAUGGGUGUUCUACUUCUCGUCCUUCAUCGUCAUGUUGGACUUCUUUCUCAAUGUCAUCUGGCUGCCGAUUGGCGCUGCCAAUACAUGGGGUUUCCGUACGGCUGAGGAGGCUUUCAUGUCCACCUACAACGCCACAGGUGCCCCUGCAGGCUGGAACUGGUGUCUUUCCUACCUCGCCACUGCGGGUAUCCUGAUCGGUUUUGACGCCUCCGGUCAUGUUGCAGAAGAGACCAAGCAUGCUUCGGUGACGGCAGCACGUGGUAUCUUCUGGAGUACCGUCGUCAGUGGCAUUGGUGGACUAGCAACUAUCAUUUUGUUCCUCUUCUGUGCACCCGACAACGACACUCUCAUGUCCUUCGGCUCCCCCCAGCCUUUCGUGCCCCUCUAUGCCGUCGUUCUCGGCAAAGGAGGUCAUGUUUUCAUGAACGUCAUCUGCAUAGUUGCAUUGUGGCUCAACACAGCGAUCGCCAUCGUCGCCGCCUCCCGCCUAGUCUUCGCCGUCGCUCGCGACGGUGUCCUCCCAUUCUCCAGCUGGGUCUCCAAAGUCCACAACGGCCAGCCCCGCAAUGCCGUCAUCGUAGUCUGGGGUGUCUCAGCACUCAUCAGCUGCACGCUCCUACCCUCCGAUGUUGCUUUCACAUCUCUAGUCUCAGCCGCCGGUGUUCCUAGCGCCGCCGCAUACGGUCUCAUCUGUCUAGGCCGACUCCUCUGCACCCCGAAACGCUUCCCAAAGCCAGAGUGGAGUCUAGGACGCCUAAGCAAGCCGUUCCAAUUCAUCGGUGUCUUCUGGAACGGCUGGGUGGUAGCUGUGCUAUUCUCACCUUACGAAUUCCCCGUGACGGGUGCUAAUCUAAACUACGCCCCGAUCAUCAUGGCCGGUGUGACCAUCUUCGCCCUAAUCUCUUACUUCGUCACCCCCGAAAGCGCCUGGUUGCCUAUUGACCGCAUCUCGCAUUUCAUCGACAGUAAGGGUGCUGAUGUGCACGAAUCCGUUGAGGAAGUUGGUAGUGGUGAUAAUCAUCGUCAGCCUGAGGCGACAACGUCUUCCUCAGGGAGGGAGGAGAACUGAGACUAUCAUCACGAGGCGUGCCUCGCAGUAAUUUUUCUGUUGUAUUUUACGGUUGGUGGUUGUCGUUGUGAUGCUGCUUUUGCGGUUUGUUGAUCGGUUGAGAUGGUCGCUGACUGAUGGAUCGAGGGGAGGAAGGCAGGAAAGACUGAACUGCCUGCACCCUCCCUUCCUGAUAUGUAUGGAUGAAAAGUUUGCUUUGUAUGUAGAUAUGAUAGAACCUAGAAGGAUUUGGUGGGGUUUAGGUAUACCCAGAGACUUAAUGUGAUUUGCUUUCAGAUGAA